AUGAAGGCCACAAUUUUUCGGAUUCUACCCAUCCUGUGGGCUGUCCUACUCCUCGCCGCUGUCGCCUACCGCGCCGUCGCGUCCGAUAACGAUCCAUACCGCUGCCGCGCCACCCUCGAAACAGGUCAAUGGAUCGACCAUCCAGAUGAGAAUGGGGAUCGAAUGCCUUUUAAACAAUGGCAGCCGGACGGCUGCUUGUUCCACCAGUAUACCUCGGCCGACAUCCGCCAGUGCAUGGAAGGCCGCAGCAUCCUAUUCAGCGGCGACUCCACCACUCGGGAGGUUGUCUACGGCCUUGGACGUCUCUUGGAUCGAGACAAAGCGGUAGAAUACCACGAGGAAAGGCUCGUCACCGACCGCAAGUUCGGCGUAAAAGGCACCUACAUAUUCCGCGGAAUCCAUGUAUUGUAUUCCAUGAACGCAUGGUUUGAGACCACGGGUGAAAAGUGGGAACCUGUGGUUGAGCAGCUCGAGCUGUUCCGAGAUGAAAGCAAGAACCAUGUACCCAUCGCGGAUCAGAAGAGUCCCGCGCUUCUGGUGAUGGGAGGGGGUCCUUGGUUCACGAAUCCGAAAGGAGACACGGUCGCGCUGAAGCAAACGUUCGCCAGCAAUCUUUCCAGCCUGUCCGAACUCCUGGGCAGCCGGCCUGAUUUCGCUACUGCGCCGAUGGAUCCUCUCGAUGGCAUCGGUAACCAGUUCUUCUUCGCCCCUCCCGCGCUCCCAAUUUACACUGGAAAUGUCGAGAAAUUGCGCAAGAAAAUAAAGGUUUCGCGGCCACAAAUCGCCGACUAUCGAGAAUACCUGCGCGAGAACGCCGAUGACUUCAACUUCCCCCUCGCAUGGGCCAUCCCGAGGCUUGAACUGGAUCAGAAUCAAACCAUUGCCGAUAUCACAAGCCUUGGAUGGCAUGCCAUCGACAUUGUCGCCGAGGCCAAGGCUAAUAUUUACCUGAACCUCCGGUGCAACGCCAAGCUUGAUCGUCAGAAAGGGUACCCGUACAAUCGUACCUGCUGCACCGACUACGGGAAUAGAUCAACGGUCCAGCAAACGCUCCUGGUUCUUGGUCUAUUAUACCUGGUCGGCUGCGUCCUUUGUGAAACAUGGGAUCUGGUCACUCGCCGCAACAGUCCUUGCUCGCGACUCCUGAACAUGGAAACGGGCUCCUUUGUCAUGGCGCUGCUGAUGUGCUACUACGCUGAUCGUACACAAAUGAUGGCAAAGGGUGGGAAACUAUGGUCAUACACUGACUUUAGUAUUCUCUGCAUCCCCUGCAUUGCCAUUGCCCUCGCUACUAUCCGCAAGUCGCGGGGAUCACGUCCCAAACCUGAAGUCCUAUUAGUCGAGGUAGACUCACCCUAUUUGUCCCGAGAGCAGACCGAAGAAUGGAAGGGCUGGAGUCAGUGUGUGAUUAUGGUGUACCAGUGGACCGCUGCCGAACGGUCACCGAUGCUCUACAUCUUCGUCCGGCUUCUCGUCGCCGCCUAUCUCUUCCAGACUGGAUAUGGGCACACCACUUUCUUCUUGACAAAGAAGGAUUAUUCUUUGAAGCGUGUGGCGGCCGUUCUCCUCCGUCUCAAUCUCCUCACAUGCUCGCUGGCAUACUUUAUGAACACAGAGUACAUGUUCUAUUACUUCUCGCCACUUGCCAGCUUCUGGUUUAUUGUCAUUUACAUCACCAUGGCCGUCGGUCAUCGUAGCUGGAACCACGAUGUCCAGCUGAUUCUCGUCAAGAUCUGCGUCUCUGUCGUCGUCGUCGCGUUCGUUGUGCUUGGGUCCCCGCUGACCGAAUGGACAUUCGCUGUCCUCCGAACUUUGUUCAAGAUCGAAUGGAGCCUCAAGGAGUGGGAGUUUCGGGUUUCGUCGGACCUUUUUAUUGUUUACAUCGGCAUGCUCGCCGCAGUAGCAAAUUUCACGACCGAGAAAGCCCUGAACCUGGCCCUGCGACAUUCGGUGGCAUUGGUUGCCUUCGUGAUCAUGUUGGGCUACUGGUUCACUUACUCAACGAAGCUUGACUCGAUGGGCGACUACCGUCUCUGGCAUCCGUAUACCUCGUCUGUGCCUAUAUUGGCCUUCAUCGCCAUUCGAAACGCCACGAGCCCGCUCCGCAACUACUCCUCAAAGGCGAUGGCCUGGCUUGGUCGAUGCUCCCUUGAAGUAUACGCACUGCAAUUCCACAUUUUGCUUGCGGCUGACACUGAAGGCGUCCUUGCCAUUGACGCAUUCAAGGGCGACGGAUCCCUUAUGGACCGGUGGAGGUCCCUCGUUUUUAUUGUGCCGGUUUUCCUCUGGAUCAGCGCCAGGACGGCGAAAGCAACAGGAAAUCUCAUCAAUAUCAUCUUAGACACGAAACCACAACUAGAAACUAUCGAUGGAGUUCAGUUAUCCAAUAUGCAGGAGAAGGAUCACGACGAUCCUUCUGAUGACUACCAGAAUGAACACUUCCUCGACAACCCAGACUCUACGCUUCACCACACAGACACUAGGGUAGCCAGGCACGUAAAGCGAGAACCGUCAUCAGAGUCCCUCUUGAGCUCUCUUCCGGCUCGCCUCAUCGUUAUUUUGCUGCUCAUGUGGUUUCUCAACCUGCUGAGCCCCUCCUUGGCCAGACUUCCCAUCCCCGAUGGCAUCACUAGCAACGAAUUGCCACCUCCAACCACACAUAAUCAAGGGAACACGGAGGCCUAA